AACAAAAACAAUUCACGUUGGUAAACACGUUUCACAUGGCAUUGUGUACUGUGUCCGUAGCUAAAACGUUGUGUUCGAAGUUGUCAAUAAAUUGGAAUAAUAUAGAAGAACAACGAGAUAGUUAAUUGAAAGAAAAAGUUUAUUGUUUAAUGUGGUUACGAUCAGACACUGAACAUUAAUAUUUCGUGGUAUUUGUGGAAAGAAUUUAUAAUUUAAAAUUUAUAAUAUUGUACUCAAAUGUCAUCCCAAACAGGAAAAACAAAAUGUUUACUAAAGUGUACGACAUUAGAACAUAAUUUAGCAACAUGGACAAUCAAAAAUUUAUUGAUUCAACUUAUGGCUCAUUCAGUGGAUUUAUAAGCAGUAACAGUAGUUCUUACAGUAUGUCUCUUAGUGAUAGUGAGUUUCCCGAGGAGCCACCCUCAACCAGUGGAUGUAGUAGUGAUUUUGCCCAUAGUACCAUUCAGAAGGAUAAGAGGAAAGAAAGACUGAAGCAGUAUCUGAGACAAUUAAAACAGAUAGUUAACCCUGCAGCAGAAAGAGGUGCCCAUGUGUCAACAUUAGGGGCAUUACGACAUGUCAUUAACUCAAUACAGAAGAAUAAAGAAGAUGAGAAGAAUGUAUCAUCAGAGAGGUGUAUCAGUAUCUGUAGUACAUCAGAAAGCGAAGUGGAAAUGAACAUCCUGUCACUCAAAGCUGUGGAUGACUUACAGAUUCUAGUUAGUACAAAAGGACUGAAGAUAGUACAGGUCUCACCAAGUCUGAAGAAGAUUCUAGGUUACCCUGUGGACAGUUGGAUUGGCCGAGAGUUGACCAGUUUCUUACACAGGAAAGAUGUGGUCACUGUCAACAGCAGUUAUGUCCUAGACGAACAGGACAAAUUUGAUACAAAUUUAAAUUUUUCAAUUAAAUUUGAUGAAGAUGGCAAUGCCACCUCAGAACCACCUAAGAAGGUUUUAUACUGUAGAUUAAGGCACUAUAAAUCACUGAAAAGUGGUUUCAACCUUGAGAAGAAAGAUCAGUAUACAUCAUUUCAGGCAUCAGUUUCUAUGAAGAAAUUUAAUUCAGACAAAUUCAAACCAAAACAGUUCUUAUUAUUAGAGUGUCAACCUUUGAAUUCUGCAUAUAACGGAAAUUGGUCAGAAAUGACUACAGAGAAGAAAACCUUUGGCACAAGACAUAGUCUCUUCUGUUCUUACACAUAUAUACACCCAAAUGCCAUACCAUUAUUAGGAUAUUUACCACAAGAUAUGGUUGGAAUGUCUAUCUUUGACUUCUAUCAUCCUGAAGAAUUUGAACAGCUUUAUAAUAUCUAUAGACAAGUGGUAACUUCAAAGGGCACAACCAUCAGUAGUCCAAAGAUUAGAUUCAGGACCCACAAUGGGGACUGGAUUUAUGUAAAGACAGAAUGGUCCAGUUUUAUUAACCCCUGGUCCAAAAGAUUGGAGUUUAUCAUCGGUCAGCAUACAGUCAUCAAGGGACCACAAAACAUAGAUGUUUUUUCACAACCACCCCGUCAGGAAUGUAUUGCAGAGGAACCGGAGCAAUAUCACAAAAAUCUCAGAUUAAUCAGAAAAUUGUUACUACAACCUGUAGUAGAUGAAGCUAGAACUGUGGCACUAAACAUCGUAGAAGAACCGACUGAAGACGUUUCUGCUAGUCCAACUCCUGAUGGUGACACAGAGGAGACUUCAAUCAGAACACAAGAAGCUAAGAAGAAAUUACAGUCUGCCACACGAAAUGAACAGUGUAAUGAGAUAUUGGAUGACAAUUUGUCAGGAACCUACGAACAACUUAGCUACACAAACAAUAUCAAAAGAUUUUUGAUGAGCCAACCAAAAACCUAUUCAUCAUCAUCCGAUAAAAGAAGCGGGAAUGACAGUUACACAGACGACAGUAAUGCCAUUGAUUCUGAUGAAGUACCUGAUUUUGGAGUUGACAUUCCAUAUCCAAAACCACCCAGUUUUUGUAGCAGCACUAAGGUACUUGUAUCUGAGAAAGAAGACAUGGUCCCUAGUCCAUCUUGUCAAACAGAAGAGAUUGGAGAAGAGACCAGUAGAGAAGCACAGAUUAUACUUUUACCUAUUCAAGAACCUAAUGUUCUGAUGUCAUUGACACAAGAAACACUUCAAGAACAUACCAAACAACAGGAAAAGAUGUAUUUAGAACAGGCAAAACACGAUAGCAAUCUGGUCUUACUCAACAUGACCAGUAAAUAUAGUGUACAACAGGAAUCUUCUCAGGGGCUAAAACGGGGACAUUCCACCGAUCUCGAUGAAACACGUAGAUUUAAAUCAUUCAAAGCAGAGGAUGUCAGUAUGUUGUGUCCACCUUUUCCCAUGACCACAACAGGACCUAUGUUGAAACCACCAGGUGGACCGCCCAAAAUAGCCUUUUCUAAUAUGUAUGGAAUUGGUUUGACCCCACAGGGUACAGGGGCAAUGUAUCAAGGUGGACCAAUGCCUGUUGUUCAGUUGUCACAACAACCACCAAUCACCAAUGGCAACCCAGGAAACAUACAGUGGCCCUACUAUCCACAAUCAGGUUUAUCAUUUUACCCACAAGUGAUGGGAGGAUUUUACCAGCCGAUGACUGUUCUAUCAUACCCCAUGCCUUUAUGGACAGGUGGAGAUACCAGAGGGGUGGCCACAACCAAGCAUAAGGCGAUAUUCACCCAGGCUGGUGACAAGGGUAGCACUGCAAUGUCAAUCUCAGACUCCUCAUCGGGAGAGAACACAAGUUCUUCAUUGAUGUACCUACUGGAGCUUAGUAAUAACCAAGAGAUUGCAAAAGCCAAAGAAUCUAAAGCUUCAGCUACAGCUACUCAGAGAAAGAGGCACUCAGACCCUCCUUGGUUGUUUGGAGUUCUCUGGGUAGAGGGGAUACAAAUGAGAUACACAGUACCUAGACGGAAAUUCAACAGAAUUAUGAAAGAGGACCGGGAUGCAUUAAAGCUAUUGAAGCAAUCUGAUGUGUUACUGAAACAAAUGGACGAAUUAAAACAAAAUAUAGAAAAAAGUCAGGAGCCAACUGAAGAUGAAGAAGCAGACUACCUGUUUAUGAUUGACCCUGAUCUGUUUAAAGACGAUAUUUCAAGUGAUUCACGAGAAAUUGUAGCCAGUCAGAAACUAAGGUGCUCAAUGAAUUCAUUUUCUGUUUCAAAAACCACUGACGAAACAAUUACUAAGUCAAGUGAGGAUAAAAGUUUCUCAGAAACUUGCAAUUCUCUCGCUGGUGAUGAAAUGGAUGAACAGGAAAAGAAGAGCGAGUCGGAAUGUGAUUCACUGCAGAAGUCUGGUUAUAAUGACAGUUCUAUUGACAUGGAGUCACAAAGCUCAAAGUCCAGUGAUCUCACGCCUAGUGAUUCUAGGAGUACUGACGAUAAAGGAAGUUCAAUGAAAGAGUCCGAUACACAAUCGUCAAAGUUAUCGGAGGGGAACAAGGACUCAGAAUCGGAGAAUGACGUAAACCAGACUCAAAAUCUGGCUCGUCAAUUUGAUCAGUUCUUUGUUAAGAAUCCAACCCAAUUUAAACAUUCCAAAAAAGGCUUCUGGAUUAAAGAAGCUAAUAUGAAUGAAAGAAUAGCAAUGGAGUAUACUUUAAAAAACAAUACAAGGAAAGAUGUUCUUUUAGAUGAUUUGAACAGGUUGAAUGAAAUGAACCAAUCAACCGUGGUUCAAAACCAAUUGUCUUAUCUGUUAGAAGACUUAAAAACUGAAGAACAGAAAAUUUCUUGUCGUUUUUGUGAAUCUCUGGGAGAAAUGUCUUCAAAUACUAAAUGCUCAAAUUGUAUUAGGGAACAAAAUAUGAAAAAAACGAACGAGAACUUUUUUGAGAGUUUGUUCAUGCAGCCAUUGUUCCCACAGGACAUGUCAGAAGCUUACUCGUCAGAGCAUCCAAUCAGAGAUUCACCAGACAUGGAGGACUUAUGUGAUAUUAUGGAUGCAGUGGACUAAACAUUUUGAAGCGGUCCAUUGUUUCUUGUCAGUUUCAUAGACGACUUUCACCAUCAUGCAUUUUUGAACAUUUCCAAUGUCCCAAUGCUAAUGAUAUUAUUGAAAGAAAUCAUUUCACCAAUUUACAACAUGAUUUACCUAGGUAAUCUUAUUCAUAAAAAGAACUUGGAAGUUGUUUUAUUGUAAAUGGUUAUAUGGUGUUCGUAAACAUCAUGAGGUCACUUCUCGUAAAGAAAGAAGUCCCAAAAAGGAAUGGGGUUGCAUCAAUGCUUUCCAAAUGCGAGCAGAAUUACUUAAAACCAGGCAUGCAUCUAAGCAAGAAAUAAGAGUGUAUUGCUUAGAUAAAGAAAAUGACAAAACCACUUUCUUGUUGUUAACAGUUUUAUGUUGAACCAUUUAUAUGAACAGUAACAAUUUAAAUUGCCAGUCAAUUUUGUUCAAAUUGUAUAGGUCUUGAGACUUUUACGUUCGAUUGGUCAAUUAAAGAAAAAGUUUGCCUUGUAAGAACUAAAAUAAAACAAUACACUCUUAAUUAUUUCAACCAGAGAUAUGAUUAAAGUUUGUAAAAAUUCAGUUCAAUAAAGAUUCCAAACCUACCCCCAUUUAAUUGAAAACUGGGAUAUUGUCUUAUCAUGUAAAAGUAUUGACAACAUCAAUCUGACAGGACUGACUUUCUGGCAAUCAAGUUGUAAAGAUUGAAUAUAUAUACAUUGUGUAAUUAUUGUGUAUUACUGUUGUUUUAUGAGAAGAGAGUAAGUGUGUAGAUGUGUAUACAUGUGAAUAUGUUUGAAUAAUUGUGUAUAAAUGUGAGUUAAUGUUUUCCUACAGUUAAAUUGCGUUUAUAUCAUGAGCAUGAUGAAUGUGAGUAAAAAUGUGGCAAUGAAAAUUAAAUAGAAAUCAUGGAUAUUUGUAAAGUUUGUUACCAUUGAAUAACAAUCAAACAGAAGUUAUUAAACAUGAUCUUGAUGCAUUCUAAAUGUUCUGUUACACAUUUUAUUGUUUUAACUAGCAAUUUACUAUCAGGUUUUCAAAAGUUGUCAAUUAAAUAUCCUCUUUGAUAUGAAUUUAUUUGAGCUACUGUCAUGACUGUACUUCAUUUUUCACAUAUAAUGCCUAACAAAAAGUUGAUGCAUACAGUACAAAAAUAACAAAGAAUUAGAGGCUCUAUGAAGUAGAGAUAACUUUUGACAAUCUAACAUUUAGACCAAAAUGUGUAAGGCUUUCAUUGAUAAAUUUAUUUUUAAAUAUACAUCAUAAAUCAUUUACCCAAUAUAUGUUCAUUUUAUAACAGUAUUGAAUAUGUUUAAGGAUAUAUCAAUGGAGUUGUGCAAUAUGUCUCAAGUGCUCUGGACUUUUGUUUAAAACAAAAAUCUAGAAACUAAUCAUGAAGGUUAAACAUGAGAAGUUAAAAAAAAAUGAUGAAAAUAUUGACAGUAUUCAUGGUAUUAUUACAUUUCAUUUGUGUAAAUAAACAGAUUGUGCUGGUUCAGAGUUAUAUCUAAAAUGCAGGAAGCUAAUCUGGGACAUGAGACAAAAAUCUUUUUUUACAAUAUUGUACAAUGUGAUAAGAUACAUUUAUUCAUGAAGUUUAUUAUUUGUAAGUAAAAUAAAAUAUAUUUAUAUGUUGUUACAUGUAUUGAAAUGUUUCAAAUACUGAAAAUAAAUUAUUUUCAUGGUA